AUGGAAAAUAAAAACGAAAUUUCUAACUUUGUAAAGACUACAAUCCCAUGGCAAUCAUGGCUCAUGGUCAGCUUCUUCUGCUUGCAACUAUUGACUUUUUCAUUAGCUGACCAGGACUUUUAUGAAAUUUUAAAUGUGCCCCGAUCAGCAAGCACCAAAGAAAUUCGAAAGGCAUUUAAAAAAUUGGCUGUAUCUGAACAUCCUGAUAAGAAAACAGAUGAUCCCAAAGCUCAUGAAAAAUUUCUGAAAAUUACUCGUGCCUAUGAAGUCCUUAAAGAUGAUCAACUUAGAAAAAAAUAUGACCUUCAUGGGGAAGAAGGUCUUAAGGAAGAUUUCCAAGGUGGUCAGCACUAUGAAAGCUGGUCAUUCUAUCAAGAAGAAUUUGGCAUUUAUGAUGAAGAUCCAGAAAUUAUAACCCUUAGUCUUUCUGAUUUUGAACAAUCAGUUGAAGGCACACAAGAUUUAUGGUUUAUUAACUUCUAUUCUCCUCACUGUUCUCAUUGUCAUCAUUUGGCUCCAACGUGGCGGGAAGUGGCUCGAGAACUGGAUGGUGUUGUGCGUAUCGGUGCUGUUAAUUGUCAAGAUGACUGGCAAAUCUGUCGGAUGCAAGGAAUCCGUUCUUAUCCUUCUCUUUUGCUUUAUCCCUCUAAAGAAAAAUACUAUGGAGAGAGAAGUAGAAAUGCUAUAGUUGACUUUGCCUUGUCCAAAAUCCAUGCUAAAGUUGUGAAAUUGUCUCCUUCAACUUUCAAACAAACAUCUGCAGAAGAAUCAUCAGCUCCUUGGGUAAUCAGCGUGUGUCACACAGAUGGAGAUUGUAUGUCAACCAAUAGUGAAAUGAAAGUGGCUGCCAUGUUGGAAGGUUUAGUGAAUGUUGGAAGCAUUAACUGUGACAAAUAUUCAACAUUGUGUAUCUCAUUGGAUGUCACUGAUGGGGUGUAUUUUUAUAAUCUUGGAGAAGUCCAGAAAGGCAAAGCAAUGCGUAUAAACAGUUUGACAGCAUCAGAAAUAGCUUAUGAAGUUUUGGGAAUGUUACCUGAUGUCGAAUUAUUAAAUGAAAAACAGUUUGAGAAAAUAAGAAAACAACUAAAAGACAAGGAAGGAAAUCCGUGGAUUGUACAUUUUGUGGACAGUGAUGAUCGUAAUUUAGAAUUACGGAAAAUUCCCAGACUUGUUGAACAUGAUAACAUACAGGUUGGACGUAUUGAUUGUCGACAACUUAGAACUCAAUGCAAUAAUCUUCAUCUUGUAAAACUUCCAGUGUUUCUUCUUUUCAAAUCAGGUGGUGGCCAUGAAUUCUAUUAUGGUCGUUUAACAGCCCAUGAUGUUGCUGCUUUUGCUAAAGACAGCGUCACUGCUCCAUUGAGGGCUCUGGGACCAAAAGACUUUCCUGAUAGAGUUGUUGAUAGUAAAGAUCCUUGGUUUGUGGACUUCUUUGCACCUUGGUGUCCUCCCUGUAUGCGAUUAUUGCCAGAAUUUAGAAAAGCCUCAAAGAGUUAUGGGCAGAAGAUAUUCUUUGGGACAGUGGAUUGCACAAUACAUUCAAAUUUAUGCAGAGAUUAUAACAUCCGAUCUUACCCAACGACCAUCUUUUACAAUGAGAGUGUUCCACACCAUUAUGAUGGAAACCAUUUUGCCCAAGAUAUGGUUGAAUUCAUUGAGGACACAUUACAUCCUCCUGUGGAACAGCUCACUCCAGCCAAUUUUGAGAAAAAUGUCUUACAACGAGCUUCUAAUGAAAUUUGGGUGGUGGAUUUUUUUGCUCCAUGGUGUGGUCCUUGUCAGCAACUGGCUCCUGAAUGGCGUAAACUCUCUAAGAUGUUUAAAUCACAUGAAAAUGUACACAUUGCUGAAGUGAACUGCAAGAAAUAUCGACGCUUAUGUCAAGAUCAGGGCGUUAAUUCCUAUCCCACAAUGAGGCUCUAUCCAUUGUCAAGGUCAAAUUCGUACAUGAAUUAUAAUGGUUGGCAUCGUGAUGUUGAUUCCUUGCAUGCUUGGGUCUUUGAAAAUCUUCCCAGCAAAGUUACCAGAUUAGGUUAUAACAACUUCUACACCAAAGUUAUGGAUUCACAAACUCCAUGGAUUAUUGACUUUUAUGCUUCUUGGUGUGGACAUUGCCAAAUAUUUAAGCCACAGUUUGAAAUGGUUGCAGAAAAAUUAGACGGAAUUGUUCAUGCAGGCAAAGUAGAUUGCGAAGAGGAAUUUGAAUUGUGCCAAGAAUAUGGAAUCUCAGCUUAUCCUACAGUCCGUUUAUUCUUGAGAAAGAAUAAAAGCAAGCACGAACAUGGAAUUGAAAUUGAAAUACAAGACGCUGAGGAAAUUGUGAAUUUUGUUAAGAGCAAAACAAGAAGUAAAAGAAUUGCGAGCCAUGAUGAAUUCUAA